AUGGGCCCUUUUCGUGUAAAACCACCAAAUUUGAUUUGCUCUCCACUAGCUUUAGUGCCCAAGAAGGAACCAGGGACAUUUCGUCUUAUCCAAGAUUUAUCUUUUCCUAAAGGUAGCUCAAUUAAUGACGGUAUAGAUCACCAAUUUACGGAGAUUCAUUAUGAUUCUGUCGAUAUCGUUGUACAAAAGGUUAAACAAUGCGGACGCAAUUGUUUGAUGGCAAAAACAGAUAUUGAAAAUGCGUUCCGCAUUCUCCCAAUACAUCCCUUAGACCGACAUCUCCUUGGUUUCUCUUGGGCUUUGGAAGAUACAGUAGAAUAUUACAUGGAUGCCUGUUUAGUAAUGGGUUUAAGUAUAUCUUGUCAAUUGUUUAGUAGAUUUAGUGCUGCAUUACAGUGGAUAAUGGAAACAAACCAUCAAGCUAUUAUGAGUCAUAUUUUAGAUGAUUUUUUCUUUGUUGGUUCACCUUAUACUAAUCAAUGUCAGGCCAGUUUGGACUUGUUUUUGAAAUUAUGCAAAGACAUAAAUAUUCCUAUAAAAACAGAAAAAAAUGUUAAUGCUACCACAUGUAUCACCAUUUACGGUAUUGAGGUCGAUUCUCAGGCUAUGAUCAUCCGUUUACCUGAGGACAAGGUCACAAAAAUUCGCAGUAAACUAAAUCAGUUCAAAUGUCGGAAAAAGGUCAUGCUUAAGGAACUUCAGUCUUUAUUAGGGCUACUGAACUUUGCCACUGUCUGUGUUGUACCAGGUCGCACAUUUUUACGCCGUUUAUACGAUUUAACAGUGGACGUUGCAUGCCCACAAUUUUAUAUUAGAUUGAACGCUGCGGCUCGUGCUGAUCUGUCAAUGUGGCACUCAUUUAUGCAGUCGUUCAAUGGGCGGUGUAUGUUUCUCAACGAUAAUUGGAUAUCGUCUGAGUCUUUAAAUUUAUUUACAGACGCAGCAUCAACUAUAGGCUUUGCUGCAGUUUUUGGAUCCGAAUGGGUUGCUGAGAAGUGGCCACCACAUUUUCAGCAAUUUCAUAUUAACAUAUUAGAGCUUUUUCCAAUUGUCAUUGCUCUCGAACUUUGGGGUCACAAAAUGGCAAAUCACAAAAUCACAUUUUACUGUGAUAACCUAGCUACAGUAUGUGUAAUAAAUAAACUCACUUCUAAGGACCCAGUCAUGAUGGCACUUGUUAGACGUCUCGUUUUACUGUCCAUGACCUACAAUAUAUUGUUUCGUGCUAGACAUGUCUGUGGUAACGCUAACAGGGUUGCUGACCAUUUGUCUCGUUUUGAAUUUCAGAAAGCAUUCCUGGAGGCGCCGUUUCUGUGUCGCACACCACUCAGCGUCCCAGAUCACUUGCUGUCGAUUUAA